AUGAACACAAUUCCAAAAUUAAAAAAUGCAACUAAAACUAUUUUAUUAUCAAAUAGUUUUAAACUUUAUGAUAAUAGUAUAAUCACUAGUUAUCAUUCAAAUAUAACACAAAAUUAUCAAAAAUCUUAUUUUGGCAAUUAUAGAAAGAUUAAUAAUAAUAAUAAUAAUAAUAAUAGUAAUAAUCAUUAUAAUAAUAAUAAUAAUAAUAAUAAUAAUAAUAAUAAUAAUAAUAAUAAUAAUAAUAAUAAUAGUAAUAGUAAUAAUAAUAAUAAUAAUAAUAAAUAUAAUAAUAAAUAUAAUAAUAAUAAUAAUAAUAAUAAUAAUAAUAAUAAUAAUAAUAAUAAUAAUAAUAAUAAUAAUAAUAAUAAUAAUAAUAAUAAUAAUAAUAACAAUAAUAAUAAUAAUAAAAUUAGUUAUGAAUCUUCACUUUCAAGAAAACAGGUUUUCUUAGAAGAAAUAGAUCAAGAAUUAAGAAAAAAAAUUUUUUCAGAAAAGAUGGAAUUGACAACACCAAAGAAUUUAAUUAAAGUUGUAAAACAUUUAGAUAUUGUAUUAAAUAUAAUUAAUAAUGGUGAACAUUCCUUUGAUAAAAUAAUUUUCCUUAGAAAAUUAACAGAUUAUAAUAUUGAACAUGCAAAAGCAUUAUUUGAUACAAUUAAAUGGAAUGAAAAAAAUAAAACACCACAAUUUUUAAGAUUCUUUAUUGAAGAAUUUAAAGAUGAUGAUAAAUAUUUAUCAUUAGUUUUGGAAUACCAUGGUGAACAGUUGAUGACAAGUACGGGGAUAUCAAUUGUAAUGGAUCAUUAUAUGAGAGUUGGAAAAAAAGAAGAAUUAAGAAAAUUGAUUGAAUCAGUGGUGAUUUCAAAUAAGAUGGCAGAAUUUCCAGCGAUAUACGAACCAUUAAUUAAAUCAUGUUUAUAUUUAGAUGAUCAUGAAUCUGCAUUAUCAUUUUACAAUAGAAUAUUGUCAACACCACAAAGAUUGAAUCAUGCACCAUUUAACUAUUUCUUAAAUUAUUAUUUGGAUAAGGAUAGCGAAGAUGGGGUGAGCAAAUCGGUAAACUUCUUUUUAAGAUUCAUUAAAUCUGUGCCACAAUUUAUAACUACUGAAUCAUUUUGCAAUUACAUUGGUAGAUUAUUGAAUGUGUAUUUACCAAGUCAGGGUUUCAUUGGUAGACCUGUCGUAGAGGAUUUAUUAAGUAUGCUUCAAAAGCGUGCUUUCAUUACAUCGAAUAACGUUUACCUAGCUUUAAUACUCCAUUUGGUACGUGAUGAUGUCAAUCAAAAAGAAUUUGCUCAUCAAAUCUAUAUGGAAAUUAUAAAACCCGAACAUUCAGAUCCACUAAAAAAUCAUCGAAAAAUAAUUAAAUAUUUAAUAAAAGCUAAUCAACCAAAUGAAUUAAAAGAAUUAUUAAAUAAAAUUAAAGAAAAACAAAAAGAAGCUUUAUUAAAAAAUGCAUUAUUAAUUGAACAACAACAAUUAAAACAACAACAACAACAACAACAAGUACAAAAUCAAGAAUUCGAUAAUAUUUCAGAAAUACAAAAAAAUAAUAAUUCAAUACAAAUUGAUCAAUUUGCAAUGUGGUUUCCAUUAACACAAUUAUUAUUAGAAUUUGGACAAAAACAUAAUAAUGAUUUUGAAAUUUAUGAAGAGUCAUUAAAGAAUGCUGAUCAAAGACAUUUACAUAUAUUAUUAUUUUAUAAUGAAAUGGUUGGUAAUAGUGAAUUGGUUUCAGUGAUUGAGAAUUAUUUAGAAAGAAAAAAUGUAUAUUUAUUAUCAUCAACAUUAUCAAAAUUAAUUCAAUGGUAUUUAGCAUUUGAUCGUUAUCAUUUAGCACUAUAUUGGUUAAGUAAAAAGAUUUCAACUUAUAAUUCUGCAGCUUCACCAAUUUUAAUGACUUAUUUUAAACAAUUCUCUGAAAGUAAUAAAAAUCAAUCAGAAUUAGUUAAAUUUUGGAAUAAUCAUAUUUUAGUUUAUCCAAUUCAAAAAGAUAAUAAUAAUAAUACUCAACAAUUUUCAGAAGAUGAUAAUUUAAUAAAAAAUCAAAAUGAAGAAGAUGGUGAAGAAGAACAACAACAACAAGUAGGAGUAGAUGAAAGUGUAACAAAAAUAAAAACAAUGACAGAUAAUGAUAAAAUAAAUAUUAAUAAUGAUAAUAUAAUUAGAAUUGGUGAAACUAAAAAAUUGAUAGCAAUUAAAAGUCAAUUUGAAACUAGAGAAGAUAUAAAGAAUAGUUGGGAACAGUUAGCAACAUUUUUAACAAAUGUAAAGACAUUGGAAGAGGUUAAAGAAUCUACUAAUUUACCAUUUAGUUUAAAAAUUCAAAAAGCAUGCACUGAUGAAGAUGCCGAUAGAAUCAUUGAGAUUUUAGAAGAGCAUUUCGAACAAUCAACCAUUCCAACACAUAAUGCAUUAUUGGUUGCAUAUAUAACACUUGGUAGAAUCGAUUUAGAGAAAUACAUAUUCCUAUUGAACAAAACUCCAAGACAUAUUCGUAACAUUGUUUAUGAUCCAAGUAUUUAUGAAAAAAUACUUGAAAUGGAUUUCGAUAUGGGUAUUAAUAUUCUAUCAAAAGAGAGUUCAACAAUACUACAAUCUCAUACAACUUAUAAUUUAAUAUUGAAAGCGUGUUGUAAUAUCAACCAAACUGAAUUGGCUUCAAUGAUAGUUGCCAGAAUGAUUGGAUCAAAAAGGAUCAUUGUUCAUUCUGAAUUAUAUUUACAAACAAUGUUUAAAAAUGGCUUACAUAAUCAUGCUGUCGUUAAAAAUUUAAAAAAUGUUUUGAUUUCUUAUGGCACAAAGGUUUCUCAAACAUUAUGUAAUAUGGAGAUAUUGGCAUUCUUGGAGAAUGGUGAACUUGAUGAUGCUUUGGCUAUUUUCACCGCGUCACCAAAGGAUAUUGAAUCUUUGAGAUUGGGUUUAAAAAUUUAUAGUAAAAUGUAUCCAAUCCCUCCAUUGUCAAAUUUACAUAAUUGGACUCCAUUGUUAAAUAUUCAACAUAAUUUGAAAUCUUCAAUUUUCACAGAAUAUCUUUAUAGAUAUUUAUAUGAAAAAGAUUUACAACAUUUAAUUGUUAAAUUAUAUGAAAAAACUACUAUGGAUCCUUCAGUUGAAAUCUCUCCAAUGGAGUUACAUUAUGCAUUAUUUUCAACAGCUAAUAAAAACAAACUUUUCCAAGUUUUCCUAAGUUAUCGUGGUAAUCAAAUUACACAAGAAUCUUUUGAUCUCAUAAAAACUGUAAAUCAAACUCUAAAAGUUGAAGAGGUUAAAAAUAAACUUUCAAAACUUAUUAUUGCACCCAAUAUAAAAGAUACACCAACAACCAAACCAAUCACUCAUGAAACUAAAGAAUUUUUAAUUUUCAAUUUCACUCCAUAUUUAAAAAAUCAAAAAUUAAAAAGACAAUCUUUAGCUGAUGAAACUUUAUCAAAUUCAACUAAAUAA